CCUCACUGGUAAAUCUGCCCUGUCAUGUUAAGGUUCAGCAUAAGGGAAAUGAGUCAACAGUCUCACUUCCCAUUUGAUUUAGCUGACAAACACUGGGAGAGAAGGUAAGGGAGUCAAAUAUAAAGACAGGGGCACAGGACAAAGAGGACACAGCAACUCUAAACUUGUCUGAGAAGGAGGCAGCUUUCGUUUACCAGCUGUACAACAAGACAUCAACAAGGAAAUACCACACAGGUAAAUUAUCAACUCUUUCACUGACUUGUUUUUGAAUAAACUGUAAGAGCUGGUCACAUUUGGGUGAUAAUGUUAUAACCACCAUAUAAACAAUUCUGGAUUACAGACAUGGAGACAGUCAGCUCGGCACGGAAAUAUGACAUGCAGAGCCCUGGCAGGUACAGUAACUUUGUAAUGAAUGGUCGAUAUGUUUACUAGAUUAUUGUAUUUCAGACCAGGUCAGGGCUGAUAUAUGGUAAAGUAAAGGUAUUGAAGAUACAGAACACAAUUACUAACUGCAAACACUGUGCAUCACAUUUACUGUACUCGGGUAAAUCAGUAUGUCCUCCUUCCAAUGUUCGCCAUCUCUCCUCAGUGAUUUGUCAGAGCAGAUAAAAGCAGCGACUAAAGACAUCCAUGUCAGGGCAGAAAACACCCAACUGAUGCUGAGCUAUCAGAAGGGACAGAUAACUCUUCGGCAGUACAAGGUGAGAAAAGCCAAUCUGAGAGUGAAUUAAAAACCACUUGCCAAAAUUAUUUACAGUGGUUUUCAUAUUAUGAACUACCUAGAAUGCCUUUUGUUUAACUUUCUACAUAGUCAUGGAGAAUGAGCACUCAAUGUGUAUUAAGUAUUAAUCUGUGCCCCUCUUUUCCAUGGCAGCUUCUUCUGUGUUCCCUCUAUGAGAUCUACAAAGCACUGGAAGAGGAGAUGGACAGAAAUGCUUCCCACCCAGGUGUCGCACCGAUAUACUUCCCCCAGGAACUGGCCCGACUGGAGACACUAGAGAGAGAUCUGGAACACUUCUUUGGACAGGAGUGGCGAAAGAGAGUCAUCACUCCUGCUGCAACACACAGAUAUACACAGAGACUUCGCAAGGUACAGACUAUAGAUAUACCAACAUGCAGGGUAGGCACACUAUCUUAAUUGUGUACCUGCUUAGUAAUAACAAUUUCUUUGUCUCCCUCUCCAGAUUGGCGAAGGCAAUCCUAAAUUGCUGGUGGCCCACGCCUACACCCGUUACCUAGGUGACCUGUCAGGAGGACAAGUUUUGGGGAAGAUUACCCAGAAGUCAAUUGGGUUAAGCAGCAGAGAGGGACUGUCAUUUUUCUCUUUCCCCGGAGUGUCAAGCCCUAACCGCUUCAAGCAGCUGUACAGGAGCAGAAUGAACAGCAUCGAGCUGACCAAGGAGGAGAGGGAGGGGGUGCUGGAGGAGGCUAUCAUGGCCUUCGAACUCAACAUCCAGGUGAGUGAAAGGGAAGAGGGAGGAAGGGUGGCUGCAAACUGGGUAAGAAUGGGAACUGAUACAAUAAUGAAAAGUCACUAUGAAAAGUUCUACAGCUGUACCAUUGAGAGCAUCUUGACUGGCUGCAUCACUGCUUGGUAUGGCAGUAGCACUGCCCUCGAUCGCAUGGCACUACAGAAGGUGGUGCGGACAGCCAAGUACAGUGGGGAAAAAAAGUAUUUAGUCAGCCACCAAUUGUGCAAGUUCUCCACUUAAAAAGAUGAGAGAGGCCUGUCAUUUUCAUCAUAGGUACACGUCAACUAUGACAGACAAAUUGAGGAAAAAAAAUCCAGAAAAUCACAUUGUAGGAUUUUUAAUGAAUUUAUUUGCAAAUUAUGGUGGAAAAUAAGUAUUUGGUCACCUACAAACAAGCAAGAUUUCUGGCUCUCACAGACCUAUAACUUCUUCUUUAAGAGGCUCCUCUAUCCUCCACUCAUUACCUGUAUUAAUGGCACCUGUUUGAACUUGUUAUCAGUAUAAAAGACACCUGUCCACAACCUCAAACAGUCACACUCCAAACUCCACUAUGGCCAAGACCAAAGAGCUGUCAAAGGACACCAGAAACAACAUUGUAGACCUGCACCAGGCUGGGAAGACUAAAUCUGCAAUAGGUAAGCAGCUUGGUUUGAAGAAAUCAACUGUGGGAGCAAUUAUUAGGAAAUGGAAGACAUACAAGACCACUGAUAAUCUCCCUCGAUCUGGCGCUCCACGCAAGAUCUCACCACGUGGGGUCAAAAUGAUCACAAGAACGGUGAGCAAAAAUCCCAGAACCACACGGGGGGACCUAGUGAAUGACCUGCAGAGAGCUGGGACCAAAGUAACAAAGCCUACCAUCAGUAACACACUACGCCGCCAGGGACUCAAAUCCUGCAGUGCCAGACGUGUCCCCCUGCUUAAGCCAGUACAUGUCCAGGCCCGUCUGAAGUUUGCUAGAGUGCAUUUGGAUGAUCCAGAAGAGGAUUGGGAGAAUGUCAUAUGGUCAGAUGAAACCAAAAUAGAACUUUUUGGUAAAAACUCAACUCGUCGUGUUUGGAGGACAAAGAAUGCUGAGUUGCAUCCAAAGAACACCAUACCUACUGUGAGGCAUGGGGGUGGAAACAUCAUGCUUUGGGGCUGUUUUUCUGCAAAGGGACCAGGACGACUGAUCCGUGUAAAGGAAAGAAUGAAUGGGGCCAUGUAUCGUGAGAUUUUGAGUGAAAACCUCCUUCCAUCAGCAAGGGCAUUGAAGAUGAAACGUGGCUGGGUCUUUCAGCAUGACAAUGAUCCCAAACACACCGCCCGGGCAACGAAGGAGUGGCUUCGUAAGAAGCAUUUCAAGGUCCUGGAGUGGCCUAGCCAGUCUCCAGAUCUCAACCCCAUAGAAAAUCUUUGGAGGGAGUUGAAAGUCUGUGUUGCCCAGCGACAGCCCCAAAACAUCACUGCUCUAGAGGAGAUCUGCAUGGAGGAAUGGGCCAAAAUACCAGCAACAGUGUGUGAAAACCUUGUGAAGACUUACAGAAAACGUUUGACCUGUGUCAUUGCCAACAAAGGGUAUAUAACAAAGUAUUGAGAAACUUUUGUUAUUGACCAAAUACUUAUUUUCCACCAUAAUCUGCAAAUAAAUUCAUUAAAAAUCCUACAAUGUGAUUUUCUGGAUUUUUUUCCUCAUUUUGUCUGUCAUAGUUGACGUGUACCUAUGAUGAAAAUUACAGGCCUCUCUCAUCUUUUUAAGUGGGAGAACUUGCACAAUUGGUGGCUGACUAAAUACUUUUUUCCCCCACUGUACAUCAUUGGGGCCGAGUUCCCUGCCAUCCAGGACCUCUAUAUCGGGCGGUGUGAAAGGAGGGCCUGGAAAAUCAUGAAAGACUCCAGCCACCCAAAGCCACAGACUGUUCUCUCAGCUUCCGCAUGGCAAGCGGUACCGGUGCAUCAAGUCUGACACCAACAGGCUCCUGAACAGCUUCUAUCCCCAAACCAUAAGACUGCUAAAUAGCUAACAAAAUGGCUACACAGACUAUCUGAGUUGACCCUUGUAUUUCAGUUUUACACUGUCUAUGCACACUCAUGCACACUGACACUCCAACACAGACACAAACACUCACUCCAAAAUUUGCUCAAACACACAUAAUAUGCACAUACAUUUAUACUGACUCUACACACACGCACUCACAUACAAUCAUCAUAUACACUGUUGCUACUCUGUUUAUCAUUUGUCCUGAUGCCUAAUCACCUUAUCCCUGUACAUAUCUACCUAUAUCACUCCAGUAUCCCUGCACAUUGUAAAUAUUGUACUGGAACUGACUGACCCUGUAUAUAGUAUGCUUACUUUCUCAUGUUCUUAUUUCUUAUAAUUUUUCUAGUGUGUUUUUGUUCUACAUUAUGUUAUUUUUAGUAUUACAUUCUUAUUGAUUACUGCAUUGUUGGGUUUAGAUCUUACAAGAAAGGCAUUUCACUGUACUUGUGCAUGUGACAUUAAAACUUGCAAAACAUAACUGUGCAAAGGAAGUGAAACUGGAAGGUCUAGUGAAUGAUGCAUUGUAAACUUGUUACUGGGUUGCCAUUGCCAUAGCAUAUUGCUGAUGAUUGUGUGUCUUGUUCAAUGAAGACAUCCUGUUUGUUAUUUCUCGUACAGGUCUUCGAUGAUCUACAGAAAAUGUUGAGUGUCACAGAGGAAGCUUAUGGUAAGUCAAAGCUUAUAUGCUGAAUGGAAAGAUGUGAUCUUUCACCUGACUUUUGUGUUAUAAGGUAUUAUUUUGCUUUUGCAGGGGACCAAAAAAAGACCAAGACACCAGCUUUCAUCCCCUCUUCGUCCAUCGUGCAGUUGUCUCUGGGUAUUUGUGUUGCUUUAGCAACAGUCGGAAUAGGUAUCUAUGUAUUCUAAAGCCUUGAAAUAAGUCCUUAAAUAUGUAUGUUUAUGUAGUUGACAGAAUCACUUCACCAAUCAUGACCACCUAAGGGUGUAUGCACUUACUACACUUUGUCAUGGCUGUACUUUUUUUAAUGCUUAAGGCAAUCUUAUAGUAAUGUAAAUUGAUAUAUGCUGUAUUAAUUGCAAUUCUGUACAAUAUCUUUGUACAUAGUAUGUUUCAUUAAAGAUUAUGCACACCA